GUGGGCACAGGUGGGUGGCACUGGUGGGCACAGGUGGGUGGCACUGGUGGGCACAGGUGGGUGGCACUGCUGGGCACAGGUAGGUGGCACUGCAGAGUGGCACAGGUGGGGGCACUGCUGGGCACAGGUGGGGGCACUGCUGGGCACAGGUGGGGGCACUGCUGGGAAUGGGUGGGCGGGGCUAGUGGGCGCACAGCUGAUCGGAACUUGCGGGGGUCACUGCACCGGGCACUGAUCAUCAGUGCCCUGAUGAUCGGUGCCGAUCCCCGCUCUGACAACUGCCGGUUCUCGCAGUACUUUCCUCACGAUCUGACAGCGUGAGGAAAGUGCAGCCGAGAACCGGCACUUGCAU